UACACGCGCAUCUUCCGCAUCGCGCGCACGCAGAUCCGGCGGAUCUCGUCGCUAGAGAGGGGCUGCCGCGCCGUGCACCGGCGGCCCCGCGCCUCCGCGCACGAGGAGAGCUCUCUGAAAACUUCCUUCCGCCGCGAGACCAAAGUGCUGAAGACGCUGUCGGUCAUCAUGGGCGUGUUCGUGUUCUGCUGGCUGCCGUUCUUCGUGCUCAACUGCAUGGUUCCCUUCUGCCGCCUGGAGCGCCUGGGCGCGCCGCCCUGCGUCAGCGACACCACGUUCAGCGUGUUCGUGUGGUUCGGCUGGGCCAACUCGUCCCUGAACCCGGUCAUCUACGCCUUCAACGCAGACUUCCGGAAGGCCUUCUCCACCAUCCUGGGCUGCAGCCGCUACUGCGCCACCUCGGCGGUGGAGGCGGUGGACUUCAGUAACGAGCUGGCGUCCCACCACGACACCACCCUGCAGAAGGAGGUGUGCGGUGCGCCGGCGGAGCUCGAGCGCGACUUCGAUAGUGUUUCGGCCAUUUCCGGUGAUUCCAGGAACCGCCGGAACUUGUUGCUGCCCGCCAUCCUGCGGCACGAGUGCGAGGCCGAAAUCUCUCUGGACAUGAUGCCCUUUGGACACGAUACACCGGCAGACUUUUACGUGAUACCCGGUCAAGUCCAGGACCUGUGAGCAGACCGGGAUUGACCUUUGACCUUCUGCUUGUGACUUUAAACGAGAGGAGAGGAUUUUUUUCCUGUUGUCGGGUCAUUUAAGUGUGGACGAUUUUUCCAUCAAACAUUUGAGAGGAUGUAAAAAAAUAAAAUAAAAAUGGAUACUCAUCAUUAUCAUCAUCCCGACUUCAGAUGGAAGGCAGGAGGUAGUCCCGUGUUUGUCACUCUGAGCUCUGUUCUGCUCAUUCCCAAUAUUCCAACAUCUGGACAUAAAAACAGAUAACAGAGUUUGUCCGAGUC